CCGCAGUGGAACGGAGGCGACUGUCAGCAUAAGCCAGGAUGCAAGCUGUGCGUGUAAAGUAUAGAGAACAACAAAAGUACAUCUGUUUUGAGGGCCAACUGACCUACACAUCGUUUUUGGAAUGUGUUGCCAAGAAGUUCAACAUUCCAAACUUGGACUUCAAAGUUUUUGAUGACUCAAAGACUGAAGUUGAUGAGGAUGUUUUUGAUUUCCUUAUGAAAAAACAAAACCUUGGUGUGCUAGAGAUUUGUCAAGCACAAGGUCCAAAUCCAGAUGAUUCUUCUGCAAGCACCUCCUUUACCAGUUCCAGUGGAGAAAUUGAAGUGGACUCUGAUGACACCAUAUUAUUGGAACACAGUCCUACAACAAGACGGAGAGCUGACGACACUUCUCUUGCCCGAAUGGUUGAAGAUGUUCUAAAGAACAAACCAGGAGGAGAGAGGAUCAUCAAUGAGUAUGCCCGGACAAAAAGCCUAACGGAUAGCAGACGGCGUGACAUGGUCAAGAUAUUAGUUGCACAUAUGACAAGUGAACAUGGGACAAGUCCUUCAAGACGUGUUAAAGAGAAAUAUGCAAAGGGUAUCAUCACGUUGUUCCCAUACCUGGCUGAUCCUAGGAGCAGGCUGGGCUAUGAGCAUUUUUACAAUGCAGAAGAUGGGAGUGGGUAUCUGGCUUGGAGAUUGAAGUUUAUCCUAAAGGAAGCUUCUAAUGGACAAAACAAGACUCCCAGAAUGUCAAAAACGCAAAUGGGUAUGUGA